AUUAUUGAUUUGUUCACCGCAUUCUCCCCCAGAGUCUCUCCCGGCGUUAUCUCUCUCAUUCGUUAAGCAAAAUCUUAAUAGAUUUGUGAUUUUGAUCUUCUUAAUCCUUCGAUUCUGAUAUACUUGAUCCUCGAUCACUUCUGAAUCUGCUACCCAAUCAUUCCACACCCACUAAUCGCACUUUUCCAACCUAUUCAUUCAAUGCUAUCAGCUAGGAAUUCUCAUAAAUGGAAAUUGUUCUUCUGUCUCACAAGUACUCGCAAUAUUUCCAGUUUGAAGGCAACAUCCUUUCAUGAUAAGUGGCUAACGUCGAGAACGAACAGGCCUCACAAGCUUAGUUUUGGUGAUCUGUUGAACGGAGUAAGAGUAGUGAAGAACAGAACUUUUUCAUCGGAACGAGACAACCCAUGUCCUGUACAUCGGAAACAUCUUUUGGAUACAAUGACUGGAUAUGUGAAAAUUGUGGAAGUAGGUCCACGAGAUGGUUUGCAGAACGAAAAGGAAAUUAUUCCUACUGCCAUAAAAAUUCAGUUGAUUAAGAUGCUUGUUUCUUCUGGUUUGCCUGUUGUUGAGGCUACUAGUUUUGUCUCGCCAAAAUGGGUUCCACAACUAGCAGAUGCAAAGGAUGUGCUUGAGUCUAUCCAAGGUGUUGAUGGUUGUAAAUUUCCUGUUUUGACACCAAAUAUUAAAGGCUUUGAGGCAGCUGUUGCAGCCGGAGCAAAAGAAGUAGCAAUAUUUACAGCAGCAUCAGAGUCUUUUGUGAGGUCAAACAUAAAUUGCACCAUUGAAGACAGUCUUGCACGAUACCAAGAUGUUGUUCAUGCAGCUAGAGAACUUUCAAUUCCUGUUCGAGGGUAUGUAUCAUGUGUAGUUGGUUGUCCGGUGGAGGGGGUUGUAGUUCCAUCGAAGGUAGCUUAUGUGGCGAAGGAGCUUUUUCGUAUGGGAUGCUAUGAAAUUUCUCUUGGAGACACCAUUGGAGUUGGUACUCCAGGAUCAGUCAUCCCAAUGCUUGAAGCUGUUUCGGACGUUGUUCCACUUGAGAAUCUUGCUGUUCAUUUUCACGACACAUAUGGACAAGCUCUUGCCAACAUCUUUGCGUCCAUCCAAAUGGGAAUAAGGGUGGUAGAUUCAUCUGUAUCGGGCUUGGGGGGCUGCCCGUAUGCGAAAGGGGCUUCUGGGAACGUUUCGACAGAAGAUGUGGUUUAUAUGCUUAAUGGACUUGGUUUUAAAACUAAUGUCAAUCUGGAAAAGCUCCUUUUAGCAGGAGACUUUAUCUGUAAACAUUUAGGUAGACCAUCUGGUUCAAAGGUUGCCAUUGCUGCCUUGAGCAGAAAAGGGACAUCUCAUGUCUCGAAGUUAUAAUAAUUAUAAACCUAAUUUGUGGUUUUUUCAUAAAAUGGCUCAGUACUAACAACAACCCUUUAGUAAGUUAAGCGGAGUAAAGAAAAACGAAGGACACUGUCUAUCACUAGUAGGCAGAACUGUCUUUGCUUUCUUGAAUUUGGCUUAUUCUUAUGUCUGUUUUCUCCCCCCUUGUAAAAUUAACUUCUUUUGAGUCAUAGAUCUAAUGUAAAUCUUUUCACGUUGAUUGUUAUAUUGGUGACUGUUAAUUUAUGGUGUUUCUGACA